AUGCUGUACAUGUCCAGUAUCAGUGAAGCCGAGAACGUCAAAGAACACCCUAAAGAUACCCAAACGCAAGAUACCGCCUCAGCCAUAGCCUGGUUGAAAAAUGCCAAUCCAGAUAUCAGGGUCUAUCAAACUCUAUAUGGAUCAUGGGCUGUAUCGAGAGGAUUGUUGCAGCAACGACCGUUACACCAACAUGACUAUGGCCGUGCGGUAUCAGGUUGGAGAUCCUAUCUUAUGCAGCCAAUCUUAGGGACCUUUCCAGAUAAACAAGGCAUCAGGGCUCCUAUGUUUAAACGGCAACGCCAGUGGCUGAACGAUAAGACAAGUAGACCUCACAGAUUGGCCGUCCCGUGUUCCUUGCGCCUUUCUGCCAUCUCCAAGAAGGUUUAA